GCGUUAAUGGAUCGGGUAAAGAAUAUAUAUGUAGAGGCCAUUUAGAAGCUGUGAUGGCAUUAUGGUGUCUUCAAGACUCAUUGGAGGGACGGCCAAAGGUAUUGCUUAUUUGCAUGAAGAAUGUCAACAAAGAAUCAUUCACUAUGAUAUAAAGCCUGCAAAUGUACUCCUUGAUGCUAACUUUUUCCCUAAAGUUGCUGACUUUGGACUCGCAAAGUUCUGCAAUAGGGAUCUUACUCAUGUUUCAAACACUGGGUACAGGGGAACCCCUGGUUACUCUGCCCCAGAAUUCUUGUUGAAGAAUCAUCCCAUAACUUACAAAUGUGAUGUGUACAGUUUUGGAAUGGUGUUGUUUGAAAUUGUUGGGAGGAGAAGAAACACAAUUACAAGUUCAUCUGAAAGCCUUAAUUGGUUUCCUAAACAUGUAUGGGAAAAUUAUGAGAAAGGUGAAUUGGCUGAAAUGAUAAAGACUUGUGGGAUUGAAGAAAAGGAUAGAGGAAAAGCAGAGAGAAUGUCCAUGGUAGCAUUAUGGUGUGUUCAAGACUCACCCGAGGCAAGGCCACCAAUGAGUGCAGUAGUGAAAAUGCUAGAAGGAGGAGUGGACAUCAUGCCACCUCCUAAACCCUUUCAUUAUCUGUACUCAAUGGAAAUGAAUUUGCUCAAGCCUCCUGCAACUGCAACUGGUUCGGGUUUCUCCUCAAGUGAAGAUUCUAAUUCUUAUUGGUAUAAAGAGACCACACCUAUCAUGACCAAGUAUGAAAUACAAAUGGCUAGUUGUUGACCGUACUAAAACUUAAAUUUCAACAAGUCAAUGUCCAUUUUGUGAUUAUGUUUUUAUAUAAAGUUUCUUAUAUUCA